GUGAACUUGAUGGGCCAAAUGGCCUAAUUCUACUCCUAUAACUUGUGAACGUAUGACACUGAUAUAGGAAUGGUGAACAUUGGAGCCUAGCAAGCCACACUAAAUAAUAAGUUUAGUAUGGAUUAAAUGAUGUUUGAUUUUUUUCCACCCCCUCUCUGAACAGUGAUAUUUUGGUUGAAUCCUUUGUGAUGUCACUAUUGCAUCAGUUGGUAAGAUAUUUAGCAUUCUAGCAAUUAUAAAUAAAUAUCAUGGCAUCAAGCACGUUAUUGACUACAUUGUUAAGAAAGGAAUCCAGAUUUUCUGGUAUGGUAAAUCAAUCAUGGAAUAUUUGAUAAGAUUUGGGCUUUAAUAACUAUGGAUUAUAUCAAAAAAUGCAUAUCCGAGCAGCUGAUUAGCUAUUUAAUCCUUUCAUUCAAGUGCACAUCAACAUAUUGAAGUGCAUGGGUUUUAAGUGGUACUGCCCAAUCCGGCAGCUGUAAUCCUGGAGGUUUCAUCACCUCGGCUGUUUCAUCUUAUUCUCUUGCUCAAUAUGUCCAUACUAACCCGAUCACAUUGAAUGCCGGUGCUGGCUCGAAGGGCCAAAUGGCCUACUCCUGCACCUAUUGUCUAUUGUCUACCCCCCUCUGCCUUUCCAAGCUAUUUGGAACACGGAUAGACUCCGCUACCCAAUUUGCUCUUGGUCAAACAACGCUUGGUAUUUUAAAAUCUUUUUAAAGUUGGUACGAUCUUCAGCUUCUCUUUACAAUGACCCCGUGGAUUAAUUUUCAUUUCAUGGUGACUCCUGAGCAACGUGCGCUAUUGUCCUCCAGAGAUGCUGUCUGACCCACUGAGUUGUCCUCCAGAGAUGCUGUCUGAUCCGCUGAGUUACUCUAGCCUUUUGUGUCUUAUCUGCUGCAUUGGCAGCCUAGUUAUAAUGUCAAAUGUUAAAACCGCACUGUCCAUUAUUCUUGCGUUACUGCUUCCCACCUUCAGUUGAGCAAUGAAUGAUACUUCAUUGUCACAUGUACCUAGGUACAGUGAAAUGCUUUGUUUUGCAUACAAUCUAGGCAAGUACACAAGUGCCAUCAUGUUUUGGCGCUGACAAAUUUGUGAGAGUUUUGUAUAACAUUUUCUGGACUUUAAAUCCACAAUUUAAAAUACCAAUCUUCCUAUUAAUUCUGGUGAUUGUCAUUGAAGUUAUGCAGGUAAUGAUACAAUCCUUUACUCCACUAUGUAUUUUACUGGAGAAAUUACCCUUGAGGGAGCAUUGCUGUUGCUUCUGUUUCCUCAGUCUGACCUUGAUGUAUUAUAGACUAGUUUCCAUAAGUAAUCCAUCCCAACUCAUCUCCACCUCAUUGGACAAUACUGUGCAAUUAAUCUGUGUAAAAAAAAUUCCAUUAGGUUUUCCCCAUUGACUUCUAAAAAGGAGUCGUCAUUCUUUUCCGUCUGCUUGUGUCCUUUUUUCUUUAGACCUGCCUAAAUUGUAAAUGUGUAAGAGUUGCAUUGCCUUCUGAUUUUGAAGUAAAGACUGAAGGAGUUUUUUGGUGUUGGAGUUGAUGCGUCUUUGCAUUGCUAUAGUUUCUCAAGGAAACUAUACUUUGAGUGGUUCGUGAAAAAGCAACCGAAAAUUCAGUUUAUGGAAUAUCAGUUUUCUGCUCUAAUUUUCAACUAAAAAAAAGACACAAAGUGCUGGAGUAACUCAGCGGGGUGAGGGGGAUGAGUAAACUAAGGAGUCACAGAGAGAGUGGUCUCUGCGGAAAGCAGAGAGAGGCGGGGUCGGAAAAAUGGGACUGGGAUUGUUCAGAUGAAAUCUAAUCCAUUUGAUUUUUCUAGAACGUGAAUGUAACCACCUACUCUCAUUGUAGGCCCUUGUACCCACCUGUGCUAAACUGAAGCCUUUGGUGGUGCACUGUACACCAAGUGUUGCAUGAGAAUGGAGGUGGUCUUGGAACUUGCAUCCUUUUGAUCUGAAGGUGAGGCAAGAGCCAUCACAAUGUUGUCGUGUUUCAAGGACAUCUUUCAUGGUGACCCGAAAAACGUGGACGUUUUGUGGGAACAUCUUUACAAAAAGCUAAAUGUCCACAAAGAUGGCCGUGUGGAUGUCGAAGAUCUGAGGGAAGAACUGGAACAAAUUGGAAAGGAUGGCUUAGACGGAAGAGACUUUGGAGCAUUCCGGAAAUAUCUGAAGAGCCGGCAAAAGAAUUUAAAACUUGGCUUCGGGAAAAUCGCCAAUGAGACAACCGGCAAAGUUGGAACAUUGAAAAUUAUUCAACUCAUGGGAAAACUACAUGUCAGUCUUGGUUUCUACCAAGCGAAAAAGAUUAAACGACACUUGGACAACGAUAAAUAUAUGGACAUGGACUGGAACGAAUGGUGGAAAAUCUAUGUAACAGACAAAGAGGAAAAUAUGCUAAAAAUGAUUGAUGUCUGGAGAAAUAAUAGUAUCUUUUCUAUCAACGACGAUAUAACCAACUGUGACGAAUUCUUGGAGAAUCAGGAACCAGAGAAGUGGUGGGGGCAUCUGAUUGCAGGAGGCACAGCUGGAGCUACUUCACGAACUGUCACCGCCCCUUUUGAUCGUCUAAGAGUGCUAAUGCAGGUAUAUUCUACACGAGAGAACAAGAUAAAUAUAUUGAGUGGCUUAAAGCAAAUGAUAGCAGAAGGAGGUUUCACUUCAAUGUGGAGAGGAAAUCUAACUAACAUUAUCAAAAUUUGCCCAGAGCUUGCCAUUAAGUUCAUGGCUUAUGAAGAGCUAAAAGGUAUAAUUGCAGCUGAUCCACAAAAUCUGCUAAUGAAAGAGAGAUUCCUUGCAGGAUCAAUGGCUGGUGCAGUUUCUCAAUCAGCCACCUAUCCCGCUGAGAUGGUGAAAACAAGAAUGAUGUUGCGCAAGACAGGAGAGCAAAGAGAACUCUACGCCAUGGUCAGGAAUAUCUUCAUGUAUGAAGGUGCUUCCACUUUCUUCAGGGGCUACGUUCCAAAUAUCAUGGGAAUCGUUCCAUAUGCUGGCAUUGACCUGGCAGUGUAUGAGACACUGAAGAACUUAUGGAUAGAGAGAUAUGCCACAGGCAGUGACAGGCCCCAUGUGUUACUGGUGGUGGGUAGUGCCUCAGUUUCCAAUAUAGUCGGUCAGCUGGCCAGUUACCCAUUGCUGGUGCUACACACUCACAUGCAGGCAGAAGUGAUUGAAAAGGGAAUGAGAAAACCACGAUUGCGGGAAUACUUCUGGAAUAUUCUGACAAACGAUGGCUUGCCCGGCUUCUAUCGUGGAUUCACUGCCAACAUGAUCAAAGCCAUUCCAUCUGUGUGCAUCAGCUACAUUAUGUAUGAAUACCUCAAGACAACGCUGGGUCUCCGCUCCCAUUAAGGACUUGUGACCUGACACUGCUCCCAAAACAGGACAUGGCGAUUACAUGAAUCCACAUCGAUUUGCUUUUGUGUAAUCAAAGAUCUGUUGGGUCAAAUGACUUUCUGCUUUAAACGCGUAGUCAUCAGUCUUAAGGUGGGUCGCAACCCGAAAAGUCACCUAUCCACGUUCUCCAGCGAUGCUGCCUGGCCUGCUGAGUUACUCCAGCACUUCGUGCCUCUUUUUAGCCAACAAUACCAUCUGCUGCCACAAGGUGGCUUCAAAAGAUUUUAACUUGAGAGUCUGUGUCACAUCGUAAAUAUUUAUUUUAUAAGUUGGGGGAUGACGAGAGAUUUGAGGGUCAUUUUGAACUCGUAAGAUCUGAGUUAACUGGGGAUUAAAUUAAAUCUACUUUAACUCCUGAGCUGCAGGUGAAUAUCAUUGGCUCACUGCCCAGCUAGACAGUGUGUGAAUGGGAAGUUGGAUGUGUUGGUGGAGGGAUCGGGUGUGAAAUGUCCGCAGCAGAGGAAUGUGGCACGUGCUGUGCAAGGAACAGCCCUCUUGCUUCUCCCAGCUGCACCAAGCACAGUUUAAUAGGUGCGCUGGUGUAGACGUUCUAUUCUGUUGGUUUAAGAGGCAGCGAUGUCAGGACGGUGUGAUGCUGCAUAAUGAGAAAUAUUAAAGUCAAGGUCGGCGUGGACUCAGUGGGACAAAGGGCCUGCUUCCACACUGUAUCUCAAAACUACUGUCUGACCUCUCACAGGAUUAAAUGAUCCUGUAGCACUAUCUUGAAAUGCAGUGGAAAAUUCAAAGGCAAAUAUGCCCAUGAAGCAGAAAUAAUUAAUGUCAAUAAUAAUCCUAUUUUUCAGAGCUUGCUGUGCCCAAACCUGACGGGUGCACCAUCUACACUGAGAAGUACUUAAUUGGCUACAAAGCAUUGUUGGACAACCUGUGACAAUGAAAGGUGCUACAUAUAUAACACAUGUGCUACAUAUAUAACACACGUAGCAAGCAGACUGAUUGGGCAACUUCCAUUGGAAAUAGAUCUGAAAUGUUCCAUGAGGAAGCUUACCAAAGAAAAUAUGUGGGCAUCACUGCUCAGGUGAGUGUGCUUUAUUUUGUUGCUGUGAGGAAGUUGGAGUUUGAUACAACUCCAGCCACUUUGAAGAGAAGAACUAACCAUACCGCUGGAACCAGGCCAGGUAAGGGUCUCGGCCUUUUGGAGCACAACAGUUUGUUGAUCACCUUUAUUUUAUUUCCAGUUUUUCUUUGCACGCUGCAUGUUAGAACAGCUUGCUUAAUAGUCAGAUUUACACUGGCAAGUGAGAUUUCUAGUGGACAUCCUCCCCCCCCCCCCCCCCACAUUCCCCAAAACACUUAAAACUCCCCCUCAGAGCUUGCUGAGAAAUUCAACUAUUUUUCUUUUAAAAUUGGAUGUUGCUCCUUGUGUCCUUAUUGACCAAGUUGAGCCAUUGAAAUUAAAACUACAAAUGGGGGUGGGAGAACAGGUUUUCACACACGCGGGAACACACGCACAUACACCACUUUGAGUUCAAGCUGAUGGCAUCUGGUUACACAUGGUGGCCUCCACCAGACUGAAUCAUCUUGAUGAUUCUGUACGUCUUCAGGCUUUAAUUUGCAUCGGGCCGAUAUCUUUCUGGUAGCGGCAGUGUAGAUUGUUUGUAGUAAACGUUCUUGUUGUACAGCUUCCCCUGACUGCAAUAGCCACUGAAUAUUGCUGCUAGGCUUUAGCCCCAGUCUGUCACUUGUGGUAAAAGAUUGGUGGGGAUCACAGGCUGGCCCUGCUGUCAGAGUUCUGUGAUUUCCAAUGGGAUGUCCCUCACCCUUUCUUUCAUCUUGUGCAAUGGGGUGGACUUUGCAGACUCAGUCCUGGUGUUUCUGUCUGUGUAGCUCCCACACUCUGUGUUCAGAGUCUCCAGGGAUCGGACCAAGACUUUCUGGUCGUCCUCCGGCAAGCUGUUGAGGUCGGAGGCCAGCAAUGUGCCGGUGCUGCCGUGGACCAUGUGGAUUCCAUCCGGACCUUUCAACUCCACCGGGUGGCGAUGCUUGAAGCGCAGGGUCCCUCGGCUGGGGGGCUUCUCGUCCUCGUCCUCCAUGUCGCUGGGGAUCAGCUGGAAGAAGGGUUCUCAUGAUGAUACCAGUAAUCUUGUUAGGUAUGGUCAACAGAUGAAGAAAAUUGUCAGACUGGGAUCCACAAUGGUGCCAGGACCCUUGAGUUCUCCAGACCAGCCAUUGCAAGCCGGAGAUUCCACUGGACUGAAGGACGUGAGGCUCGUAUCAGUGAAGAAUUGACGAACAGAGGGCUGAGAGACUUACAGCUUAUUUAAUCUAUUAAUCAUUUAACUGUUUUUCGUUAUACUCUAAUACACAUGGUUUCUUCGUAA